UCCUGACUUUGAAGAAAGGGCCUUAGCCAUUUACAGUGUUAUUGUACUUGCUGUUGCAUCGCCAAUCAAGAAUUUGAGAAUUUAAUCUUUCAAAAGCCCAUACAUCCAUCAGCUCUCGAAACCAUAACAAAACUCGAUAUACACAUUAUGGCCGACGCAAAACAAGGGGGCAACCUCUACGACAUGGCCAAGGACGGAACUAAAGUCCCCAACGACGCGGGCAAACAGAACGUCCUCAAGUCCGUCCCCAACCCCCACCAGCAGGACCCGUCUGCCGCGGGCGGCUUAGGCGCAACGACGCUGCACGGCGCCGCGGAUAACCCGAUCCACGACGACGAGGGCAGACCUUCCGGCGUCGGUGAAGGGAUCACGGCUACGGGUCACGACAUCCCGCAGUCGGUGACGGGGAAGCCGGGCGGCCGUGGCGGCACGCAGGGAUCGGAAGAUGUUAGGGGGACCACAGGUACCUUUGCGACGUGAUUGACGCAGCUGGUCAAGAGAGAAGAAAGUGUAAAAAGAGAGGUUCACGGAUCAUGGUUGGCUUGCUACUGUACGAUAAAAAAACACUGAUGAAAUGAAACACGCUGCAAAUCGCAUUUUG